AUGGAUAUAACAACCCUUUUUAAGGCCUGCGUAAAGACCGUACGUACAACAAAUAAAUCCCUUGGUGUAAGAGAUCAAAAAAACAGCUUUUUAAAAGGCACAAAAGAUGGAAACCUUGGUAAAGCAAAAGAAAUUGUUAAACAGAUAUCCAGUUUACAGAAUUUCUUAUUGGAAAAUAAAGCAGCGUACCUUAAUGUCAUAAAUUAUUUGUCCACUAAUAAAACCAUGACUGAAAUUGAUAGGGAAAAAAUUGAUGAAGCUGCUGAAAAAAUAGUAAGUAGUUGUACUACUUUAAUUAUUGAGUACAAAAUAGAAAUUAAGCAAUUGGCUAAAACAAAACAAAAACAGGAGCAUUAUGAAAAUAUAAUUUUGUCUUUGGAAAAAUAUUUAAAAAAUGUAUCGAAAAUUUACACAGAAGCCAAGGCUAUUAGAGUGAAAAGGGUUAUAGAAACACAUAAAUUAUCAAAAUUAGAACUGACACCAUCUAAGAAAAAACUUCAAUUAAAUGAUUCCACCAACAGUUUAAUUGAAAUAGAUAAUGUAAAACCCAUAAUUAUACCUUCAGUAACUCAAUCUGACAACUUUGAGGAGUUAUCAGCUGAAGAAUUACAAAUGUUUGAAUCUGAAAAUGAGUUUUUAUUUAACGAAUUAAACAGUGUUUCAGAUGAAGUAAAACAAAUGGAAAGUAAAGUUGUCCAUAUAGCAGAGCUUCAGGAGUUGUUUACAGAAAAAGUAUUACAACAGGAGAAAGAUAUUGAAAGGAUUUCUACAACAGUUGCUGGGUCUACAGACAAUAUGAGAGAUGCCAAUGAACAAAUUCGGCAGGCUAUUCAAAGAAAUGCGGGGCUAAGAAUUGGUAUAAUGAUUAAUGUUAAAAAUCUUGGUUGA